UGCGUCUGGAGGCGGGGCCUAGGGCAUCCACGUCACGUGACCACGCCCCCGCCGUCCGGAUAUCUGCCGCGCCGCCCGCCAUUUUGUCUCCAGUGUCUCGUUUGUCGUGGACUGUAUUGGGGCAUCUCUGUUGGUCCGUAGGCGGGAGGCUGGGUACAGGGUCUGUUGUCUGUGUUUGACUCUGUAGUUUGUUCCGAGGCCUUCCGGAGCUUUCCCGGGGUAGUCGGCAGAAGCCGCAGCGGCCGCCCCCGCCCCUCCCCUUCAUCCCCGGGCCAGGGAGGGACCGAGCCCGCGUCACGCCCCUCAGCGCUCGCCGUUCUCUUCUCUGUCGCUGCGUCCGCAUCGUGUCCCCGGAAUCAGACGGUGCCCCAUAGAUGGCCAGCUUUCCCCCGAGGGUCAACGAGAAAGAGAUCGUGAGAUCACGGACUAUAGGUGAACUUCUAGCUCCAGCAGCUCCUUUUGACAAGAAAUGUGGUCGUGAAAAUUGGACUGUCGCUUUUGCUCCAGAUGGUUCAUACUUUGCUUGGUCACAAGGACAUCGUACAGUAAAGCUUGUCCCAUGGUCCCAGUGCCUUAAGAACUUUCUCUUGCAUGGCACCAAGAAUGUUACCAAUUCAAGCAGUUUAAGAUUGUCAAGGCAAAAUAGUGAUGGUGGUCAGAAAAAUAAGCCUCGUGAACAUAUUAUAGACUGUGGAGAUAUAGUCUGGAGUCUUGCUUUUGGGUCUUCAGUUCCAGAAAAACAGAGUCGUUGUGUAAAUAUAGAAUGGCAUCGAUUCAGAUUUGGACAAGAUCAGCUACUCCUUGCCACAGGGUUAAACAAUGGGCGUAUCAAAAUAUGGGAUGUAUACACAGGAAAACUCCUCCUUAACUUGGUAGAUCAUACCGAAGUGGUCAGAGAUUUAACUUUUGCUCCAGAUGGGAGCUUGAUUCUAGUGUCAGCUUCAAGAGACAAAACUCUCAGAGUGUGGGACCUGAAAGAUGAUGGAAACAUGAUGAAAGUAUUGAGGGGGCAUCAGAACUGGGUGUACAGCUGUGCAUUCUCUCCUGACUCUUCCAUGCUGUGUUCAGUUGGAGCCAGUAAAACAGUUUUCCUUUGGAAUAUGGAUAAAUAUACCAUGAUACGGAAACUAGAAGGACAUCACCAUGAUGUUGUAGCUUGUGACUUUUCUCCUGAUGGAGCAUUACUGGCUACUGCAUCUUAUGAUACUCGAGUAUAUAUUUGGGAUCCAUAUAAUGGAGACAUUCUGAUGGAAUUUGGGCACCUCUUUCCCCCACCUACUCCAAUAUUUGCUGGAGGAGCAAAUGACCGAUGGGUACGAUCUGUAUCUUUUAGUCACGAUGGACUGCAUAUUGCAAGCCUUGCUGAUGAUAAAAUGGUGAGAUUCUGGAGAAUUGAUGAGGAUUAUCCAGUACAAGUUGCACCUUUGAGCAAUGGUCUUUGUUGUGCCUUUUCUACUGAUGGCAGUGUUUUAGCUGCUGGGACACAUGAUGGAAGUGUGUAUUUUUGGGCCACUCCAAGGCAAGUCCCAAGCCUUCAACAUUUAUGUCGCCUGUCAAUCCGAAGAGUGAUGCCCACCCAAGAAGUCCGGGAGCUGCCGAUUCCUUCCAAAGUUUUGGAGUUUCUCUCCUAUCGUAUUUAGAAGAUUCUGCCUUCCCUACUAUUAAUAGUAGGGACUGACAGAAUACACUUUAUACAAACCUCAAGCUUUACUGACUUCAAGUAUCUGUUUUUAAAGGUUUAGAAGAUUUAUUUAAUUUGAUACGUUCUUGUACUGCAUUUUGAUCAGUUGAGCUUUUAAAAUAUUAUUUAUAGACUAGGAUUAUAGAAAUAUUUCUGAACAUAUCAAAUGUAAAUUUUUUUAAGUUCUAACUGUGAAAGCAUAUACAUACAUGUAUAUAUUUAGAUACAAGCUGCUAUAUGUUGAAUAGACCCUUUUGCUUUUCUAAUUGUUAGUUCUGACAUGUGUAUAUUGCUUCAGUAGAGCCACAAUAUGUAUCUGUGCUGUAAAGUGGAAGGAAUUUUUUUAUUUUGGGACACUGACAUGUUAAAUAUUGACUUAAGCUGAAUUGCCUCAUACAAAAUGUGUUUGGUUGGGGAAGCAGGGGGUGUCAGACUGACCUGCAAAUGAAACACAGUUUUUGUAUAGGGAAAGGUGGAGUUUGAAUGUGACAUUGUUUAAAAAAAACCAGAGCCAGGAUUUAACUAGAAAAAGGAUGUCUUUUUUUUUUCCCCUUCUUCUAAAUACUGCUGUGGGCCUUAAUUUUGGAAACAGCUUGCUACUUUACCUUUGUGGUAUAAAGUAUUAUAAAUAUUAGUCUAUUUGGAAAAUCCAUCUGCUGUGUUAUUGCUAAAUAUUUGUUUUUACUAAGGGACAAUUAUUUUAAGACCGUGGCUUUUUUUUAAAACACUUAUUAUGUUUCUGCAGGGGAUGAUACUGGUGACUUGCCAAAGAGAAGCAAUCCAGUGUAUCUGCUUUUGCCUUCUGUUAUUUAUCUUACCUGCAGAUAUUAAGAAUGUAUGCAUUAUGUAAAAUGCUUGAUUAUAUAUUUUUGUUGAGUUUUUUAAUAAAAGACUUGUAAAAAACCAA